GCAGUUCAUAUUAAUUAGGCCAACUGAGGCCCCUUCAAGGAAGGUCGCUGUGCCGAAGUAGAACACGACAGCCGAGUUUGGAGAUAUAUUCAGACAACGCCAACGAGAAGAUACCAGCCACAGUACAAUCGGCCAUGAUCCUGUAGGACGGACAUCAUGGGCUGAGCUGAUGCGGUGUUGCGCUUGAUGCGGUCACAGGUUUGCCUGAACACAACUUCAUACCGCCGACCGCCGCGUCUUCACAGGAGCAAAAGCACGACGGAUGAAGGAAUUUUUCUGCCUGCAGAUAUGCUAAUUAGUUAACUGGCCAACCAUAUACACUGUACAGAACCAACCUUGGGUCCAUGUGAGGCCUCGGCAGUUACUACCAAGACGCAUUUGCGCAGUGGUGCUACUAUGUGAGAGGGACACUUGAAAUGCUUUAUACAUUGGCGACAGGUGUAUUAUUUCAGCGUGGCCAAACAGCCGAAACGAGCAGACGAUUGCUGAGCGAUGAGAACGGUGCUGGGGAACUACGCGGUGCCGAAAAAUAUUCACUGAAUUACUAGCUCUCCGUCUUUUGGCUUGACGUCAAUGUCGUACUCAGACGCUUGCUGGGAAGAAAGCACGCGGCCCUGCCUUGAUUCCGCGACGCACCCGGGUGAUCCCCCCACUUACUUUUUGACUGUGGCGUUCUAGGUAACCGUUCUUGUUGCCCACACUGGGUUCGCAUAGCCGGGUGCAUUCUCUCCGUAAUAUAGAACCGUUUUUUAAACAGUUUGGAGUCCAGAAGUCCGCUGUUUGUUUUUACCCUCAAUCAUAAACUCCGCAGGGGAACUGUUAUGUGUCUGCGCACCGAUACGCGUGUAGGGGCAGUAAUCGCACCGUGGGCAGACAGUGGCAACAUAGUUGUUUGUUCAUCCAGUUUGCCACACCAGUGACGUCGUCCGCUGUUACAGGACAUCUGGAAAAGUGUGUGCCAGCUGCGGUGGGGAGGUGGCUUAACUCAUGAUCGUGUCAGUUCUGUGGCGCAGUUGGGACUCGCAUUUAACAGAGAGGCAGUUCAUGCAGCGACAAGCAGGGACGUGUAAGCCUUGACAACCUGCGUUUCGUGUCUAAAAGCAAUUCCUCGCAGCUCAGGCUGUUGGGUCCAUCUAUUUUCUGGUCAUAUUUCGACAACACCGUCGUUUUUGGUGAAGGAUGGCGGAAGCGACAGCCCAAAAGAGACAAAAGAAGCAUGGGCGUUUCCGCGUGUUGGUCUGCGACCCCAUCGACCAAGCAGGGAUGGACAUUCUUUCAUCUUUCGCUGAUGUCGACACGAAGCUAAAACUUAGUGAAGAAGAGUUGUGCAGGGUUGUUGGCAACUACGAUGGACUCAUGGUUCGCAGUGGCACAACCGUGACAGAAAAGAUCAUCAAACACGGCCAGAAACUCAAAAUCAUCGGUCGUGCGGGAGUUGGGGUGGACAACGUCUGCGUCGAUGCCGCGACAGCUCAGGGCAUCUUCGUGGUUAACUCACCGAAUGGCAAUACGAUGGCCGCUGCGGAGUUGACGCUGGGCCUGAUGAUGGCUCUCGCACGCAAAAUUCCCCAGGCCGAUGCUUCCGUAUCAAGAGGAGAGUGGACUCGGAGCAAAUUUAUGGGUCGGCAGCUGAAUCAGAAAACUAUCGGAAUUAUCGGUCUAGGUCAGGUGGGCACGCACGUCGCUCGAGUUUGCACUGCCCUCGGUAUGGAAGUGUUGGCUUACGACCCCUUCAUUAACGAGGAGAAAGCUAAGGCAGUAGGUUGCAGGAACGUCGCCUUGGAGACUCUUCUCGCUUCCAGUGAUUUUAUUACCCUGCACGUCCCUCUACUUGAUAAGACGCGUCAUCUCAUCAAUGCGGACAAGCUGAAACUGAUAAAGAAGGACGCGUGCAUCAUCAACGCCUCACGAGGGGGAGUCAUUGAUGAGAAAGCAGUUGCUGAAGCUCUAAUGGCCAACGAACUUGCUGGAGCGGCUUUGGACGUCUUUGAGGAGGAAAAGGAAUUCAGCAAAGACAAUCCGCUUAUUCAAGCGAAGGCUAACGGCAGAAACAUCAUUCUUACCCCUCAUAUAGGAGCAAGCACCCUCGAGGCACAACACAAUGUUGCUGUGGAUGUGGCUCUCCAGUUCAGGGAGGCUCUGCUUGGUGGACUCCCCCAGUCAGCUGUCAACCUUCAAUGCGUGCGCUCACAGCAACUCGUUAGUCUUGUUCAUCUCGCUGAGAUCCUAGGGAGGCUGUGUAGCAAAUUGGUUGACGAACCGGUUGAGACACUUCACUUGAAAAUCAGGGGAAGUGUUGACAGCGCAAACGCGGACGUCUUGCUCCUGUCGGCCGCUCAGGGCGUGCUCAGAACGCGUUGCGAUCACAUUGUAAAUUUUGUGAACGUCAAGCGAAUCGCUCAAGAACACAAGGUCGAGCUUGUCGUUUCCAAAGAAGAACUGACGACGCCUCCUCAGAAUUCUAUUUUGGAGCUCAGGGUGGAGACGAAGAACUCGUCGGCGUCGGUGGAAGGAUGCUGUGCUGUGGAUGGUAGUGUCGUGCUGAGGAAAUUUCUGGGCACGCCAAUUUAUCUUCAAAUGCCCUCUCGUCGGCAUCUGCAUUCCAGAAGGAGACCAAAUUCUGAAGCCAAUUUUGAGACGUCUGGUGAUGUGGCCUCCAAUGGAAGUUCGGCGGGGACAGAGCAUGAAGACGCGGACCUGAAAGACGCACCGAUAUACAUGAUGUAUACAAUUCACAGCGACACAUCAGGCACAUUGGCCACUGUGGCACAAAAGCUAGCCGGUGCAAAUAUCAACAUCGCCAACUGUCACCUGGGCCGACGUCUGGUGGAUGAUCCGAGUGCACCUGAGGGGAAGACAAUGAUGGGGCUCUGCAUCUUCCACGCAGACAGUGAAAUCCCCGACGAGGUGGUGACGACAAUUCGCCAAUUACACAACGUGAAAGAAUGCAAGGUUUUUGCGACGCCGCAGUCGCUCGGCCUCGAUGCCAUCUAAAUGGCUCUCUUAAGACGCCCUCCAGCAGCAACAUGGAUUUUUCGAGAGAAGAUUAGUGGGGACAGCUCUUUUUGUCUUCUCUACUCGAGUGCUAGGCAACGAUGGCCCUGCUUGAGCUAGACGAUACGUUCAGGCUCAACGCCAAAAACUACAGGAGGCUCUGCGGAGGUGUUUUUACAGUGGAAAUUGGCCCCCCGUUAGAUACCAGCACAAGAAAUAGGCGGAUUCCUUGACGAGGGAAGUGUUUGCAUUGCUUCUUGUCGGUCGGAGGCAUUACGGGUUUUAAGGCGACGUUUGGUGGAAGAUUGAAGACCCCUACUCGUGUGAACUUCGUCAACCUCCGACGGUUGUGCACGAGCGGCGAUGAUAGUAGGCAAAUACGAAAUUCAUAUGUGUGGAAAGCAGGUGUGCACGUUUGUGUAUCCUUUUGCUUUUACAUUAGUGGUACAUUUGCAUAUAUCUGUAUAUAGUUGACCCAUUCUCCUGAAACUGCCAAGCAGCUUCCCGAUACGAGAGACACGGAGGCAUGGCGGUAAAGCACCAAACUGCAGCUCAUGAUGGGCCCACGGCUAAACAAAACUUUUGAUUCUUAUGUACGUCUCCCAGCGGCUAUGCUUCACCAUCCUGGAAAGGUCCAGGUGGCGCGCAGUACCUGCGUGGAGGGCAGGAUUUCACAAACUCUGCACUUGCGUCUUUCGGGAGGAAGAUCGCCAUUUGGGUGAAACAACGUCGGAAAGACAGUAUUCUGCAACGUUGGUAAGACUCAACGUCUUAAUACGCAUGAGAAAGCAAAUACAUCAUUUUCACAUCCCAGGCAAAGUCUUCAACUCAUCAGGUGUGUGCGGGCACCAGAAGUAGCACCCAGUCACGCUGUCAGAGGCCCCGGUAUCCCUGUGUCUCAACUGACUACCCAGAGUGUGCACCGUCCGUGAACGUCGACUGCAUAGUGAAGGAACGAAAAGCGAGACUGGAAGUCUCAACAAGCUAUCUACACCUUCCCCGCGUAAAUCUGAUACCGUCCAGUUAGUAUCUGUGAACGAAAAAUUUCGCGUCACUACGUUGACAAAUAGAGUGCUUCAGUUGUGAAGCAUUCGGGGGAUGCAGUCACACGUUGCCGCAGCGCAAACAAAACCCCUGUGCUGGCGAUGCGUACAUAGAGGAAGGCUGGUUCUGCAGAGACAAGAUAUGAUUAGCAUAAUGGGGGUGUGGGGAGCCUGCGGUUUGUCUUUGCCACAAGGGCAUCCACCACGCUACAGCUUGCCCGAAUGCAUUUCCUAAGUCACAUA